UUAAAAAGAAGAACUCCUUUCCUGUUUAACGUUUUCAACGUUCCCAGCCUCAAACACACGCACUUUCUUCUUUUCUUCCAUCGCCGCCGUUGAGAGAUGGCUUUCGCCGAGUAUCGGCCGUUGGAUGAGAAAUCCCUGGUGGAGUACAUAAAGGCCGUCCCUUCUCUCUCCUCGAAGCUCGGCGACAACAUCGACGGCUUGACCAUUAAGGAAGUCGGAGACGGCAACCUCAAUUUCGUCUACAUUGUCAUCGGCUCCUCUGGCUCUUUCGUCAUCAAGCAGGCUCUACCGUACAUACGCUGUAUUGGUGAGUCGUGGCCAAUGACAAAGGAGCGAGCAUACUUUGAAGCAGUAGCACUAAAAGAGCAUGGCCGUUGGUGCCCUGAUAAUGUGCCAGAAGUUUAUCAUUUUGAUCGUACUAUGUCUUUAAUUGGCAUGCGCUAUUUGGAGCCCCCACACAUAAUCCUAAGGAAAGGGUUGAUUGCGGGGGUUGAGUACCCGUUACUUGCGGAACACAUAUCGGAAUACAUGGCAAAGACUCUUUUCCACGCAUCCCUCCUUUAUCGUUCCACCACUGAGCACAAAAGUGCUGUUGCUGAAUUCUGCGGGAACGUGGAGUUAUGCAGACUCACUGAGCAGGUUGUUUUUUCUGACCCUUACAAAGUCUCUCAAUAUAAUCGGUGGACUUCCCCUCAUCUCGAUCAUGAUGCUGACGCUAUUCGAAAUGAUAAUGCUCUGAAGGCUGAAAUUGCCGAGUUAAAAUCCAAGUUCAUCGAGAGAACCCAAGCUCUAAUUCAUGGUGAUCUUCACACUAGUUCUGUCAUGGUUACUCUUGAAUCAACUCAAGUUAUAGAUCCAGAAUUUGCAUUUUAUGGACCAAUGGGUUUUGAUGUUGGUGCGUUUAUGGGAAACCUGAUUUUGGCUUACUUUUCGCAAGAUGGACAUGCUGAUGGCAACAAUGAUCGCAAAAAAUACAAGGAAUGGAUUUUGAGGACAAUUGAAGACACUUGGAAUCUUUUUCACAAAAAAUUCAUUGCUCUCUGGGACAAGCACAAGGAUGGUUCUGGUGAGGCAUAUCUUCCUGCAAUUUAUAACAACCCUGAGCUGCAACACCUUGUUCAGAAGAAAUAUUUUGAGGAUUUGUUCCACGACACACUUGGAUUUGGUGCUGCCAAAAUGAUAAGGAGAAUUGUUGGUGUGGCACAUGUUGAGGAUUUCGAGUCAAUUACUGAUGAUACCAAGCGAGCCAGUUGUGAGCGUCGAGCUCUUGAACUGGCGAAGCUGCUUCUCAAACAAAGGCGAAAGUUUCACGACAUUGGUGAAAUCGUUGCAGCCAUAAGGCAAAUUCAGUAAUAGCUAGUUUCUGAUUGAAUAAUGGUUGAUAACUGGCUUGAUACAUAUGUAUGAAUUUUCCGAGUGAUCAGGCACAAAAAUUUGUUACUUUGGUGUGCUGCCGAAUAUAUAUGAUGAUAUCAAAUAAUAAUAUGGGCUCUCGGUGUGUAUUAGUAAGGGCUGCCAUUUGUGAAUGCUUG